AUCCAAAUAAAGUAUUAUUGGUUUGUGAGUCUAAAAAUAUCAGUGUAUCAAGUUUAAGGGUAUCUGAGGAAAUAUACUAUAAGUGGUUUCCUUCCUUCUCCUCGCAUUCUCCUUCUUCUUGAUUCUUCCCUUGAUUCUAGGUUCUUUCUCUUCUUUUUCCUUAAUUUUGAAUUGGACUGUAACACCAUGAUUAUUUCGCAGCGAAACGGUGAGUUUUUCUGCAAAUAUCUCUUCAAGCUUGUAGGCUUCCAUUCUUAGAUAUAUCUAAUGAGUUUCCAUUGUUUUCUAUAGCAAAUGACACCAAAAAUCAGAACUGGUGAAGCCGACGACUCCAUUGCCGGAAAUUGGCAAUAAAGGAGAGACACGCGACUACACGCUAAAUGGCCCGUUUGAUGUUCCCAACCCAUUCUUUGACCCAAAGUCAGAAGUAAGGAAACAAUGCAAGUUUUAGAAUCUAAUCCUCUAAUUUUUGCAAUACAAGUUGAUCUCCAGUAAUGUUUCACACACACAUAUAUAUAUAUGUCUGAGUGAAUCCAGUAAUCUCUCACAAACACAUAUAUAAGUUAAGAUCUAUUACAACCUUUUUUUUAGAGCGAAUGGCGAGAGCGAGAGCAAGAGAGGGUGCUGGUUUUCGAGUGCGGUUUUCGACAGCCAGGGACAGUGGCAAGGGCUUCAGCCGGCAGCUUCCAGGUUAUGGCAGGCAAUUUAUAGGGCGGAUGUGUAUACUCCGGGAAGAAGGGACAAGAGAGGCCGUAGUAGGUUUGGUUUUGUUUCGUAUGUCCGAGGUUUCUAAUGUAUUUGACAAGGAAAGAAAGUUGAACCAGAUAUGGAUUGAUUCCUAUCGUCUCAAGGUCAAGUUGGCAGAGAACGUGAAAAGAGGGGAGGUGGUGGCUGGAAAGUUGGUGGCCAUUGAGGAAGGACACUCUUCGAAUAAUGAUUUACGGCAAUCUGACAUGAAGAAAGGGUCAAUGGCAAUUGAGAUUAUGCCCGAUAAGGAGGAUGUCCAGUUGUUAGAGGCAGAUGUGGUGCCAGUGAACAUAGCUGAUAGGGUGGUUGAGCCAUCGACAGAAAAGGAUACCGAAGUGGUGAGGUUGCACUCCAGUCCUAAUUUGGUUUUACAGUUUUCUCCUACAGAGGAGGAGGUUGCUUGGUUGAAGAAAAGCAUGGUUGCCGUGGGAUGUCUCGAGGAGUUUUUCAAGUGUAAUAGUGAUUUGGUAGAGUCAUGGUUCGAAUGGAUACACCCAACUUCUCUAUCGACGAUGCCUUCAAGAAGUAGAAUGGUAUGGCUUAGAUUUGCUGGCGUUCCAUUGAAAGCAUGGAGUGAGAGAUGUUUCACAGAGUUAGGAGCUUUAUUGGGAGAGGUGAUACUCGUUAAUGAAGACACGAAGAGCAAAUCGUUUUUAAGUGAAGGUAGAGUGUUGAUUUUGAGUGAUAUGCAGAGCAAAAUUGCUAAUAGAAUUGUUUUAGUGGUGAAUGGUGAGUCUUUUCCGAUAGCAAUGUCAGAGGAAGAAUGGAGGAUGGAUCCGGACUGGUGGGAGAAGCGGGCAAAUCACGGGAGAUGGGAAUUAGGUGGAUUACGGCACGAACCAGAAGUCGAAAAGAAAGAAGGAAGCAGCUACUGCGAGGGGAGACGAGGCAGGAUUUUCGGCAAGCUAGUGCUUCAUUGUCCGAUGGCUGUAUAAAACACAGAAAUCGUCUGAUUCGAAGGGAAUUAUAGCUGGAGGAAGUGAGAAGGUUGUUUGAAUUGGGGAAAAGAUUGCGUAUUGAAUGUCAAAAUAAUCAGGAUGAAGUGAUGUCCAGGCUCGUAUCGUUAGAGGAAAGGGAUACAGCCGGUUUCGAGAAGGCCUGAAGCUGGGGGCGGUGUUUAUGCUGGUGAGUGUGGGUAUGUAUUUUCUAUUAUGAAGUUGAUUACUUUUAAUGUUAGGGGUCUAGGUAAUUUGUUAAAAAGGAAGGAGGUUCUUCGGUUGGUUAGGAAGGAGAAUCCUGAUUUUUUGUUUCUUCAAGAAACGAAAUUGGAAGAGGUUGAGGCUUCGAUGUGUAAAACCUUAUGGAAUUCAGAAGAUUUUGAUUGGGUAAUGCAGAAAUCAGUGGCUAGUUCAGGAGGCUUGUUGUGCAUAUGGAAUAAGAACAGUUUUGCUAGAUAGGGUGUGAUAGAGGGUAGUGGUUUCAUUGGGAUAUCUGGUGAAUGAGGUCAUGAGAAGCUAAAGUGCAACUUUGUCAAUGUGUAUGCUCCCUGUGAUAGACAGACGAAGGCCUCGUUGUGGGUGGAGCUAGGUGGUUUAAUAUCAGCUGACAGUGGUAGAUGGCUUUAACAGAUGGCUUUUAGCAGGGGAUUUUAAUUCAGUUUGAAAUUUGGCAGAAAAAAGGGGUUGAAUGGGAGAAACUCAUGAUAUGGAUGAUUUUAAUCAAUUUGUUGAAGGUAAUGGGUUAAUUGAUGUCAGCUUGUUGAAUAGGAAGUUUACAUGGUACACGACUGAUGGAACUUCCAUGAGUAGUCUUGAUAGAUUUUUGUUGUCUACAUAGAUGAGUUUAUUGAGCACUAGGUGGAUUCAAGU